GUCCACCAAAGUCUACAGCAUCAAAAUAAUUCUCCUGAUUCUGUACAGCCACGGCUUUUGGAACACUUUCUGUACCUUUCCUGCCAAAAUCCUUGCCUCGUAUAGUCUUGUUCUGCCGGACCCGCUGUCAUGUAUUCAUCUCCUGCUGGCCACCCUCCGUGGCAGUCUGCAUACCCGUCGCUGAACCAACAGAAUCAUGCUUACAUACCAGUUCCCGCCCGAAACGCUUUUGGUCCUCAACCGCAUCUUCCUCCACCACCCACCUACACUCCAGCUCCGUUGCCCUCUCAGCAAUAUAUGUCCUCACCUCCGACAAGCACUGCGGAGAACACUCCACCGCCCGAACCGCAACAGCCAGCCAGGCAAAAGAUAGUCUGGUCUGCAGAUGUCCGUGACUAUGUCAACCGCUCAUUCGCCAAAGCCGCAGAAAUACGGGAUGUCUCGAAGGAACAGAUUGAAACAAAACUCAAAGAGGUCAUCACUGAUGCAACUCAGAGUGGCAAGUUGGAUACCAUCAAUUGGAAGGAGCUGCCGCUACCGCAACAAAUGAUUCGGGAUGAACGCAGUCGUGCUCUUCUUGCCCCUAUAACCCCUCCAUCCUAUAUUCCUCCUGUACCUGUUCAAGCCGCUUCCACCAGUUCUUACCACACUCAACCGGAUGUCCCUCGUAAGCGCAAAUCCACGGAGCUUUCAACUGAUGGCGAGACCUCUGCGCCCCUACCACCUUGGAGAACGAAUGGACGAUCUUCCGGACUCCUGGCUGACCGUGUCUCUUUCAACCCGUCCGAAAAGCGGCCCAAACUCGACAUGAAUAAAUCCGUAAGUAAAACCCACGCAAGCCUGGAGUCUCGCAGGCGGCGAUUCGAAGAGACACGCGCGGGAUCCGACUCUCCACGCACACAAGAGUCGUCUCGGGUAGCUUCACCAGAGCCAAGGGUGACUGGACCAAUCGUCGGCCGCUCGCAAAAGCUCGAGAAGAACUACUUCAGAUUAACAUCAGCCCCCAACCCUGAUGACGUACGGCCUCUGGAUGUCCUCCGCAAAACACUGGAACUGCUUAAGAAGAAGUGGCGCACCGGGGGGAACUACGUUUACAUUUGUGACCAGUUCAAGUCACUGCGGCAAGAUUUGACCGUCCAACAUAUCAAGAACGAGUUCACCACCAGUGUGUACGAGUAUCAUGCUCGCAUUGCUUUGGAGAAGGGUGACCUGGGUGAGUAUAAUCAGUGCCAAACACAGCUACGGGCGCUGUAUAAACAAAACCUCGGUGGUCACCCUGUGGAGUUCAAGGCAUACCGUAUCCUUUAUUUCAUUCACACGUGCAACCAGACUGACAUGAAUGACGUACUCUCUGAUCUAACACCAGCAGACAAGAAGGAACCUGCAAUCAAGCAUGCGCUGGAAGUGCGCUCUGCUCUCGCUCUUGGAAAUUACCACAAAUUCUUCAAAUUGUAUCUCGCCGUGCCCGAUAUGGGGGCCUAUUUGAUGGAUAUGUUCGUAGAACGUGAGAGACUAGCUGCAUUGGCGUGCUUGUGCAAAGCGUACAAACCGGAUGUGCGAUUGCGCUUCGUCACCGAAGAACUUGGUUUUGAGUCAGACGAAGAAGCCUGCCAAUUCAUCCUCGACCAUGCCCCGGAGGAAUCGUCGAAUCUGCUUGAAGAACGCGACGGUGAUGUUCGCUUCUUAACCGGAAAGGCGGGGAACAUCUUUCACAUUGCGAAGACCCGAGCCUUUGGGCAAGUCGAUAUCAAGGGCCAAAUAUGAGAUACCCAGUUUUGUUUUCAAUACUGCCCACGAUCGACAAAGCCUUUGAGGCGUUGACAAGUCUGGUUUCUCCCAGCCGUCGGUGAUGCAACCAUUGCCUUUGACAUACGCAUAUUUCCAGUUCUUCGGAUUCGAUUGAUUGAUUGCGUUGGGCACGCUCGCAUGCCGCCUCUGCAGCUAUGAAGACUGCCCUCAUAUGUGGCGAUUCAAUCCCUUUAAUCAAGGGAUGCAACGACUUUAGCAUUGCAUUUUUCGGGCGUCGGGAAAAGACAAAAGAGGCUGAGAUUGUGGCAACUAUAAUGAUGCUUCCCGGUCAUUGUUUCUUGUACCUGGCCUUACGUUUCAUCUAUGCACGUCUUAGGAGGAGAUGCUUUGAGGCCAACAGUGCGCAUGGAGAAGACCUGCGCAGAGGCUCAUAAGGGACAACGAGCCAUUUACGAGGGCUAGAUAUCUUGGGCUAUCAUCAAAAGAUGAAACUCCUCUGAUCAUUCGACGCUGGCUGUCUUGGAGGAUCUGCCAUGCAGUCAUUGUUGACCCUUUUGUUUCAAGACCUGCAGUCAGAAGAGUCCUAGGAAUGCAGCUGAAAAGGGCAUUUUCUCUUGAAGCGCUUGAAGUGUAGAUAGGCCCGAGCGAGCUGAACACGGGAGGCUUGGGGGCCUGCGGUUCGCUAGGUACUGUGGGCAUGAACCGCCCAUUCACCGAUCCACAGCAGGGCUCUGGGUUCUAGGAUUGGUAUGUAGUUAUGUACGAGCAGCUGGGGAAUCGAGUCUGGCGGCGCCUCCUGGAUAGAGCUGUGGCUAUGGACUUCAAGCAAGGGGAUCCAGUGAAUGUCCCAUAUGGC